AUGCCGUACAUCAUCCCUCAUGUCAGAAAUCUCGAGGACUGUCCUCCUCGUAUGCUCAUUGGACACCGACUUCUUCCAGAGACGCACCCUCUGCGCCGCUUCGAGGAGCACAAAAGAUUGGUAUAUGCCAGAGAUUACGCUUACAUGUGUCUGGUAGGGUUCGUACCACCUAAGGAGAAAGGUGGACGUCGUCCUGAGCGGAAGCUUCGUCGAGCUCCGCUGCCUCCCGGAUCACAUGACCGCAAGGUCUUGCGGAAGUCGCUGCCGCUAGAUCAUCCCGCUACGCCUUCCGGUACGGGCCCGUCAACGCCAAGGUCCCCGAGGCACUGUUUCCGCCGCAACCCCGCCGACACCCCUAUCGAUCAGUUCAAGAAGACAGUCGGUCCGGUGUUGAAAGAAUCUCCUGACGCGACCUGGAAGCGUGUAUUUGGUCGCACUCCUCCUCGUCGGGCUCUAAGAUCUAUCCCUGAGCCUAUCGAUAUCAACAACAUCAGAAUGUUUCCCCAUCCCAGUAACGAAGACAACCUUGUCCUCGUGCCCCUGGGCAGCGAGAAUGCAGUUCCCACUGUCCGUGGUAUCAUUGAAGAAUACUACGAGGAGCAGGAGUAUGAGCAGACUCCGCAGACUAGCACCAAACAGAAGAGAACUCCUGUCUAUCUGUCGCCUGAGAUGGCUCAGCUUACAGCAGAGGCCAUUCGCCGCAAGUCGAACAUGCACCGUACUGCCGGUUCGAGUUCCGCUCGUCUUCCGCCCAAAGCUCAGCAGCUCCUUGGCUCUCCUCGACCUCCGAACGUCAACAACAAGGUCGAGCAGUCACCCCUUCACUUCAAAGGCAAUUCGACCAAUCCACUCAGACUCAGCGCCUCAUCCAGAGUCGCCAGUCUGUUCACUCCUACCAAGGCAAGGAAGUCGUCCACCUCUUCACUCGCAAACAACAAAGUGGUAAAGCGCACUUCCUCCUCUUCUCAAUACACAACCUUUUUCCACAAACACACCGCAACUUCUUCCUCAUCUUCUCCCCUGAAACACUCCUCUACUCUUCCUCCUGUCAGCACACGCAACAGGAUGUCUGCCCAACAAUCCCCCACCAAGCAGGCUACCGCUGGCGCUCAUUUCAACGAGAGCAACAGCGAGUCCUCCAAGUCUCCUGUCAAGUCGACUGCCUCUUCCAAGAAGGAGGAGUCUUCCAUCAAGCGCGCUCUAUCCAAUGCUCUCACCCCUAAGCGUAUGCGUGAGGAUGUUCCUCCCCCUCCCCCUAAGAAGGACACCCCACCUGCUGCCGACGACAAGCCUGCUAGAUUGUCUGCUAACAUCGUUGAUGUUCGCGGAGCUUCCGAUGCCUACUCUGGCAACGGCUUCGCUGCCACCAAUGAGGACACCGAACACGAGACCCCCACCAACAACUCCCGCGAGACCAUCACCGUCGCCUUUGGUGAUGGCUGCAGCCCCAUCAAGGAGGUCAAGUCUCGAGUCGUCAAGAUGACACACGCAUCCCACUCGCCCUUCGUCGGACAGAAGGCUGUCUUCGAGGCCGACCCCAAGGUAGUCAAGGAGAUCCAGGAGGAGUUUGAAUCUCCUGCCAUGGCUCCUGCUCUGUUCCGCAGCUCUCAAGUCGGCAAGAUGUCGCCUAGUUCUGCCGAGAAGGCAAAGACUCCUCGCUACAUCGCUGGUGGUCUGCUCGAGGGUGGUCUGCUCCCUGCCACUACCUACCAACCUCCACCCAAGAUCUCCAAGAACAUCGACCCCAAGGCUGAUGUUUACUCGCCUUCCAUGUACAGUGUUGCCACUGGUCACGAUGUCUUCAACACCAGUACCUACGGUGUUGCCGCCCAAGAGUCAUUUGCUACUCCUGUUGUCCCCGCAAACUCGCCUGUCAACACUGGUGAGCAGACCAACGGCGCUCUUCCUCAUGGCCAUGUCCAGCCCGUCCAGUACAUUAGCGCUGUGCAUGACAAUGACUACAUCUACCGCCCUGAAGACCACGUCUUCGACCGUCACCGUGGCGAGACUCCCGUCCUGUCGCAAGACUUUGCCAGUGCCGGUACUCAGCAGAAGCAGGUCUCUCCCGCCGAUGGUCCCGUCAACAUCGACACUCCUGCCAACAAGAUCAGUGAUUACGGCAAUCUGCAGUACGAUGCCUACGAGCACCCCAGCGCUAAGCCUCGCCCUCUCCGUCGUGUUUCGGGCUACAGCUCCAGCCGCUCUUCAUCUGGUCGCUCUCUCCGCGACGCCUACCACGAAGCUGGCGGCCUGGGCAUUGAACUCAGCGAGAAGUCGAACAUCUACGCCCUGGACAACGGCACCACUCUCGGCGUCGAUGGCGACAACAACUUUGAGAGACGCCGCGACAUGGUGAACAUGAGAUCCCCUGACUUCUAUCUCAAACAGUCCGGCUUCAACGAGCGCCGCAAGUCAAAGGAGCACAAGCACCACUCUCAUCCCGUCGAAUCACGCAAGUACGUGGACAGCGCUCUGCCCGCCUAUCACGAGAAGGAGAUGCAGCACCUCAUCGAUAUUCUGGAUGCUAAGAUUGAACGUGUUACCGCCGUUCAGACCCGCAACGAGGGUCUUCUCACCAGCAUCCACAUGUCUGUCGCACAUGUCCUGGCUGAACAGCGCAAGCUCCGCGAGACCAUGGACGCCAUUGUUGCCAAUCACCAGGCUGUCCGCGAUACCCUCGAGAUCAUCGUGGCCGACACCCACGACAUCGCUACUGAGAGCCGUAGAAUCCACCAGUCCAUUGCUGACAUGGCUGAGCACGGCGUCGACAAUGAAAAGCUCGACCUCCUUGUGGACAAGGUCGUUGAGCGUCUUCACCCUACCAUUGUCUGGGCAAUGGAAAAGGGAGACCACAACACCGAGCGCGUUCUCACCCGUCUCGACCAAGGCAAGGACCGUCACCACAGAAAGACCCACGACCACGCCGCUGGUCAGACCUCCAACAACGGCUACACUUCUCCUACUAACGGAGUUCACUAUGCCCCCAACAACCACUUGCACUUCACGCCCAGUGCUAACGGACCCUUCGCUGCCCACAACCACGAGUUUUUCAAUCCUCCUGGCGGUACUCAGUUCCGUGGCCGCAACGGAACCUCCAAGUACUCUGAGGAUCCCUCUCAGCGCUAG